AUGUUCCUAAGCGUCAGCCUCAUCGCCGCAGCUACCCUCAUCGCCCUAGUAACCGCAGGUUGCACGUCGGCCUCGACUCCACCGGCCACCGCAGCGAGGGUGAGCAGCCCUCGGCGCCGCCAUCGCUCGUCGGCGGCGGUGGUGGGGCUGCUGGACGAUGACGACCUUCUCAAGGAGAUCCUCCUCUGCCUCCCCCCGCAGCCGUCCUCCCUCCCGCGUGCCUCCCUCGUCUGCAAGCGCUGGCGCCACCUCGUGUCCGACCCUGGCUUCUCCCGCCACUUCCGCUUCCACCACCGCCGCAAUCCUCCUCCCAUCCUCGGUUGCUUAGUCGAGCUCCCCAACCAGGGCCUGCGAGGUAUAUCCUUCGUGUCAACUCUUGAUCCCCCCAAUCGCAUCCCCGCCGGGCGCUUCUCCUUGGAAUUUGACCAUGGGGACCCCCUUCGGUUACUUGGAUGCUGCCAUGGUCUCGUGCUCCUCUUCUCCAUCACGCGGUGCGAGGUCCUGGUGUGGGACCCAGUCACCGAUGACCGGCACCGCCUACCCAUUCCCCCGAGGUUCUAUGAGUGGGAGACCUCGAUCAGUGGGGCGGUGCUUCGCGCUGCUGAAGACGGCCGCCACUUCCUGGUAGCCUUGGCAGUGACACAACAAUCCGUCUGGAAGCAACAUUCACGAGCACAAGCACUCGCCUGCGUUUAUUCAUCGGAGACCAGCGUUUGGGGUAAUGUCAUCUCCAUACUGCUCCUAUCUGAGGUUCAUGCAUCUACGGCAAGCAUGCUGGCCAUCUUAUCGAAGACUCCCGCCAUGUGUUUCACGGGCAAGUCCGUUGGCGCCGUGCUGGUUGGGGAUUCUCUUUACUGCCCUAACCCUCGCCGCCGCUCGCUGCCGCCGGCGGUGGAGUCGCCGCUGGAUGACGACGAUCUCCUCCAAGAGAUCCUCCUCCGCCUCCCCCCGCAGCCGUCCUCGCUCCCACGCGCCUCCCUCGUCUCCAAGCGCUGGCGCCGCCUCGCCUCCGACCACCGCUUCACCCGCCGCUUCCGCCUCCGCCACCACCGCAACCCUCCCCUCCUUGGCUUUUUCGAGCUCGACCCUGGCGAAGGACCUGCACAGCCUCGACCUUCCCCGGGGUUCGAUAUGAAGGGGGAGAGGACAUCGAUCCACGGCGCCGUUCUUCGCGCUGACGACAAGGACAAAGAUGGCCACUUCCAGGUCGUCCUAGUUGGCAACGACGAUCAGCAUCACGCACGGCAGAUUGCCUGCACUUACUCCUCCAAGAAGGGCGCAUGGGGUAAUUUAGUUUCAACAAUACUUCCACCUUGGUUCUCUGACCCCCAGGACCCCCUCAGAAUUGAUAAGUCCAGUCCUGCUAUCCUUGUUGGGGAUUCCCUUUAUUGGAAUUAUGAUCGCCCGUGAGCUAUUCUUGAGUUAGACAGCACCACGGCCGAAUUAUGGAAGAGGGAGACCGAUCGCCGUGCACCCGAGCACAAUAACGUCCUGUUCAUGCAGAUAGAGCCUCACCUCUUCAUGCUCCAUCUUGACACAAUGAAG